UCUUCCAAACAAUAAGAUUAUAAUAAGGAAGAACAAGUUGGAGAGGAUCUCUCUUUUAACUCUCCAUCCAAAAUCUGGUAUUUCCUCGUAACGCCAAACUCCUACCACAACGCAAUGCUCCAGUUGAGGACGGAGGAUUCAUAACCCUUUUUGAUCGUUAAAAUGGACCUAUCAUCUUUAUUUUCGGGAGCGUUCACGUGUAUUAGAAUCAACAUGAUCAAGAUUCUGGUCGCUAUGGUAAUUAUUUCAUAUUUAGCGGUAAACUCUGAUGCCAAGCCGGUUAGAGAUGCGCAGGACGCCAAGAUGUAUUUAAUGAACUACGGCUACCUUAAACAAAGCGAUAUGGCGAAAGGAAAAUUGACGACAGAAGAUGAUAUGGUCAAAGCUUUAAAACAAUUUCAAUACAUGGCAAACAUAAAGGAAUCAGGGAAACUUGACAACGACACGAUUCGCAUGAUGGAGAUGCCGCGAUGUGGAACGCCAGACAUGGUUGGCACCGGCUCGCACGAUGUUCGAAAGAAGAGGUUCACCCUCUCCCAGCUUAAGUGGCCCUAUACCGACCUCACGUACCGGAUCGAUGGAACCACGCCCGACCUCCCCGCCGCACUCGUCAACCAGAUCAUGGCCCAAGCUCUCAAGGCUUGGUCAGAUGUUUCAUCGUUGACCUUCGCUCAGGUGGCUGCCAAUCAGCCAGCCGACAUCCUAAUCGAUUUCUUCGAAGCCGAGCACGGUGACGGUAACCCUUUCGACGGACCAGGUGCCGUACUCGCCCAUGCUUACUUCCCGAAUCCCAACCCCAUCGCCGGCGAUGCGCACUUCGAUGACGCCGAGACCUACACAGAUGGGACUCCACAAGGUAUAAACCUCUUUCAGGUAGCAGCGCAUGAGUUUGGCCAUAGUCUUGGGUUGGGCCACUCAACCAUCGAUGCGGCGUUGAUGGCGCCCUUCUACCAGGGCUAUGUACCAGAUUUCGAACUCCAUCCCGACGAUGUAGCUGGUAUCCAGGCACAUUAUGGACCAAACACAAAUCAAGGCGGUGGAGAUGGUGCUGAUGAAGGUCCACCGACCCCACCGGCCUCUGGGGACUGCAUCUCACAAUUCACUGCUACAACACAGACCGCAGACGGCGGUUUCUAUCUUAUCAAUGCAACCCAUGCUUUCCGGAUCGGGCCGAAUGGACUCGUAGACGGCUAUCCGAAGACAAUAGCAACCGAAUUCCCCGGAUUACCCGACAACAUCGAUGCAGGUCUGUACUUUCCGGAUAACAGCAAGACGUAUUUCUUUAAGGGCGGUGACUUUUAUCAGUUUUCGAGUCAGACGAUGGAUGACGGGUAUCCGCAAGCCAUAGCUACGGCGUUCCCCGGGUUACCGGAUGACCUGGACUCGGCUUUCAUCUGGACCGGUAACGGAAGAGUUUACUUUACCAAAGGUGACCAAUAUUACCGCUUCACCGCUGGGGUUGGCGUGGACGACGGUUACCCCCGACCCCUCUCGCUCUGGACCAACUUACCGCCGACGCUCGACGCCGCUAUGCAGCACGCCAACGGCUUCACAUAUUUCUUCUCCGGCGACUUCUAUUACCGCUUCAACGACGACGAGUUCAAAGUUGACGCUGGUUACCCCCGCGUUACUUCGGUGGGUUGGCUCGGGUGCGCCGCGGCCAUUGGGAGCGGUAACGGCACUGUGUCGCCGCCCGACGGCGGUAAUAGCGGCUUAAGAUUGACUUCGGCGACACUUUCUUCCUUACUCACUCUUAUACUGAUAAUCAGCUCAUUGUAUCUUUAAAAUUUACGUAUUCAUUUUUUUUAAUAAAAAAUCAUUUUUCGUAUUCUUUUUGUAAUAACCCCCCCCC